ACAUUUAAAUAUAUUUUUAUUAUUACAAUAUGUCGGAUGUAGAAGUUGAAAUCCCAACGACAUUUAAAAAAAGAAAUAUCAAGAACAGAGGUGGAAGGAAACGUAAAACAUCAAGUUCUGAAGAAAAGAACAGUUCAGAUUCAGAUGAACAAACUGUGGUGCUACCAACUAAGAGGCCACAGAAGCCUAACCCUAAUAUACAGUCAACAGGAGGGCCAAAACGACAAAAACCAGAGCUGGAAGACAGUGAUAGCAACAGUGAUGAAGAUAAGAUUUCCAAAUCUCGUACAACUUUAUCUGUGCAACAACAACGUGAGAAUGCCACCGCAACAUAUGAAUUAGACACAGAAAGGGAUAAAGAUGCACAAGCUAUAUUUGAAAAGGCGCAAAAAAUUAACGAAGAAUUGAAAGGACAAGCUGACGAUAAGGUGUACCGAGGUAUCAACAACUAUGCUCAAUAUUAUAAAAAACGUGACACAGCUGCGGGUAAUGCUAGCUCAGGACUCGUCAGGAAAGGUCCAAUUAGAGCUCCCGCUAACUUAAGGGCUACCGUCAGAUGGGAUUAUCAGCCUGAUAUUUGUAAGGAUUACAAAGAAACCGGCUUCUGUGGAUUUGGAGAUUCGUGCAAGUUUCUCCAUGAUCGGUCAGAUUACAAGCACGGCUGGCAAUUAGAGAGGGAGGAACUGGAAGGGGGAGGGGCUAAAGAGGGAGGGGAUGACUCCGAUUAUGAGAUACAUAGUGACGAUGAACUGCCAUUCAAGUGUUUCAUAUGCAGGGAAAGUUUCACAGAUCCUGUUGUAACUAAAUGUAAACAUUACUUCUGUGAGAAAUGCGCGUUAGAUAACUACAAGAAAUCCUCACGUUGUUAUAUAUGUAAUACACAAACUAGCGGUGUUUUCAAUCCGGCCAAGGAACUGGAAGCCAAGAUAAAGAGAAGAGAAGAAGAAAGAAGUGAUGAUGAUGAUGAUGAUGAUUGA